AGCUCGGUCUGUCUCUAUUUGUGUAUGUGAACUUCACCCUCCGCCGGUGCUCUGUGUGUGACGGCGAUCGGAACAUCCGGUGAUCCGUCGAAGCCAGAAUCUUUUCAACUCAAAACGCUACCAUAGCAUUCUCGGUUGAUUGUGGUUCACUUCUCUUCCUUUAUCUUAUUGAUUAUCGAUCAGAGCUUAUUUUAUUCCUUUUUGACGUUUUGAUUCUAUUCGUAUUCACCGUUACUCACUUUGUCGACUUGAAACCCUAAUUUAUUCCAAAACAAGUGAGAAAAUUUUGGAGUUUGAUUAUUUUGAUCCGAACAAACCCUAAUUUUUUAUGGCCGCUACAAAUUUUCAAUCUGAUGAUAGCGGCGGCGGCGUUAUAAAAAACCCUAGGUCUCCGGGACAUUCACAGACGGUUUCAUCUCCGUGGAGUACGAUUGUGCAGGGUUCGCCGGUCAUGGUACCGGAUGCUGUUUCCGCGGCGCCGGUUUCUGUUGCUCCAGCACCGACGUUUUCAUCUUCUGUUGAGGAGAAAAUAGGUAACUUUACCUCGGAUUGGUGUCCGCCUUCAAUGGUGCCGGAUGUAGUAAGCUCUCCGGAUGAUUCCGGCACUGAUGUUCAGGGUUCUGACAGCGGCGGUGUUGCAUCUAAGAAACCGGUAUGGAAUAAACCGAACGGUGUUGUUGAGGCUGUGAGCCCUGUAAUGGGUGCAGUUUCUUGGCCUGCUCUCGGAGAAUCCACUAAGGCUUCCCCAAAAUCUUCUUCAUCAGAAUCCUUAAAAGCACUUGGAGAUGCACCACUUCUGCCUACAUUACAGGUGACAGGAAAUGCAUCUCCAUUAUCACAUAAACACACAAGUGCAAACAACGCGUAUCCAUCUUCAACUCCAAACCAUGUAGCUCCUGCAAGACAGAGAUCCAUGAGGCGAGGUGGUGGGAGUUCCAAUUCAAAUCCAUCAGCUAAUGGUGUUCUUUCUCACACAUCAGCAACAAACAAUGAUUUGGGAACAGAAAACCUCCAUAACACAUCUGGAAAACCAGGAACUCCUGCUUCAGACCCUUCUCCAAGAGACAAAACAACACACAUCGAGUCACCAAGAGGAAACUUUGGGCCACAGUCACACAAUGGUAAUGAUCACCAACAUCAAAGAAGCUCUUACAGAAGAAGCAAUAGUGGACAACAUCACAAUUAUGGUGGAAAGCGAGAUCAAGAUCGUGGAAAUCAUGAAUGGAAUCAACACAGUAGAAGCUUUAAUGGAAGAGAUAACCACAUGCAGCCUCAGAGAGGUUACCCUAGGGGUUACAUUCGACCCUCUGUACAUUCUUCCACUCCAUAUAUCUCUCCACAAAUGUCUGUUCCAGUUCGCCCUUUUGGCAACAACAUGAUGUAUCAUGAUAUGUCUCCUGUGUUCUAUGUACAAGGUCCACCACCUCCACCAGAUGCUCUGAGAGCUAUGCCUCUUGUUGCUCCAGUUCCACCUCCCAUGUUCUUUGCUGUUCCAGAUCCAUCUUUGCAUGCUAGAAUAGUGACCCAAAUUGAUUACUAUUUCAGCAAUGAGAAUUUAGUUAAAGAUACUUAUUUGAGACAAAACAUGGAUGAACAAGGGUGGGUUCCUGUAAGCUUAAUAGCUGGCUUCAAAAAGGUUUUGUAUUUAACAGAUAACAUUCAGCUAAUUCUAGAUGCUAUGAGAGCUUCAACCAAAGUGGAAGUCCAGGGAAACAAAAUAAGAAGGCGAAAUGAUUGGAUGAAAUGGCUAAUAAACACAACUGUCCACUACUCCAACUUAUCAAGCCCUCGGGCAGUCGGGCAGUCGGGCAGUCAAGAUCAAUUAGCAUCACAGCUUCAAGGUGUUACACUGGAGGAUGGGGUUGACCAUGUCGGUGGUCAACAAGCUGAGCAAGUUUGACUAGUCAACCGAGACUAAACUAAGAAGCAAUGUUUUUGAGAAGAGAGGUGAUGAAUUCUGGAUUUACU